AUGGACCGAGACUCCCUUCACAAUGCGUAUGGAAAGAGUAAGAGGGAUUCCAGCGACUCUCAGGGUUCCAAAUUCCAUCAUUGGAGGCUAUGGAAGCAGAGGCGGGAUAUUUCUAGAAACGUUUAUUCCUUCUCUCCAUGUGAUGCCCGUGAUUCCAAUCCAGCAUUCCCCGAAAGGUCAGCAGGGGAAGACUUGCACAACGCAAAAGAGCCCUUUAGGAGCUCAAAUGACGCGAGCCCCGAUAAUCUCGCGCUGCAUUCACCCCUGGCGGCUCCCCUUCUGGGCGGUGCCGACUUGUCAUUGGGAACCUCAUCCUCUUUGUUCUUUUCUAACGGCGUCGACAACGUUGUGAAUGAGGUGUCCGAGUUCAGUAGUCAUAGUGGUAUUGCAGCAUCCUUCCGUGGUGAUAAGCGUAUCAAGGAAAGCACUUACAGCGUGAGUAUUAGUGGAAAGAGGUUUGUGAUAAUGUCGUAUGCUGUCUCCGGGCAUUGUGAUGCCGUCUACCGGAGGAGCAAAAAAAUUUGGGAACACAUCCCGCUUGGAAAGGCUCGAGUUUUUCUGCAUCUCCCACAGCAACCUUCUAAGGAGACCUCGUUCAACCAGUCACCACCGCCCGUUGCUGGUCCCACCCUUGGCGGCAGCACCCGAAAGGGGCCUGAGGAAGACAGGAGUGGGGGCCAAUAUGCGGAUGAAAAUCUAACGCCCGUGUCCACCUCUAGCCCGGAGAGAGACUACAGCUCUAGCAAGAAUCGCUCCCUAGGCAACGCACCCCCGCCCCUGUUGCCAGUGGCGGCGCUGGAUGGGAUUCGUAGGUUCGGUGAUCGGAACGACGCCAUCGCCUACGGCUAUGGCGUUAACAAGGAAGUCCCGGUGACCGCCAUCGCGAUGGAGAAGAUUGACGGUGAGGGUGGGCAUCUGGCUGCCUUCUCUCUUGACGGUACUCGUUAUUGGGUAAUCGGGUGUAGUGGUGCGUACUUAAUCCUACGCAUCGACGCCAUCGAGGAUCUUCGGCUCUACGACGACGACUUGAGUGCUAGAUCUACCACCAGUCUAGGUAGCUCAUCGUCGGAGCGCUCAAACGUGGCGUUGGCUAAGCGCAUGGCUGUGUUGUGGUAUCGACUUCUGAAGGCGCGGCUGUGUACCGAAAAGGUGGAACAACUUCACCAAGAACUCUCCACCCGACGGUGGACGUGUUGCUUUGACGUGGUCGUUCGCGGGUGGGAGCACACGGUGGACUACAGUUCGAAAAUCGUGCAGGGUGAUUCAAGGGCGCAUACGACGGACCAAGCCGCCGUGCAUGCCACCGACUCCAUGACAAGGGUGCAAUGCGGGAACAACCCUUGCGGGGGGAGUGAUCAAAGUUAUGGGGUUCAAACAGGGUAUGUCGCGCCCAACGAUUUAUCGGGCAGUGGGAGGGAUACUGAAGGAUCUCUGAUUUUUUAUGCAGCCACGCUUGGUGAAAAUUUAGAAAAAGGGCUGUGUGUGCCGGUCCUUAAUGCGCUGGACUUUUUCCAAAGGUAUCGCCUGCCAACCGCUUCAUACCACGGCCCAAUGGAAGUGUGCUCAGAGGAGUACAAUGCUUAUAAAGUUAAGAUGAGUAGCCAGAUCAACAGUGCGGGGGCUGUGCUGUACGGGGCAAAUGAGCUUGGUGUCGUGGUGCAGAUAUGGAAGUGCCGUUGCUAUCCACAUAUCAUGGAGCGUGCCGCGAGGGAAUUGAUCGUCACCCACCAAUUACAAGGCUCUGAGCUUCGCCAGAAGCUCGAAAAGAAGUUUAGCAGCUUGCCCAAAGGCACCCGUAUGUAUACUAUUGGAUGGGAAAAACAACGCGUUCCCUUCUUGAUGAACUUUGCGGCUUGGCUUCACAAGACCAUGCAACUCACGCCUUCAACAGACCUCAACACACUGCGGGAGCUGCGUUCACACUGGAUCACGGCCCAGCAGGCGUACCAAUGUGAAAUGGCAGCUUGCAGGGAAGCCGUUGGUGAUCCAAAGAUGGGGGGGGUCUUUUAUGAUGAUGAAGCCACAGGCGACGACAGUGAUGCGCCACAUACGCCAGAAGUUUUGAUGCUCAUUGGCCCUCAGGGCUGUGGGAAGUCUACAUUAGCGCGUGCCCUCUUUGUGCUUCUUGAGCAAUCAAGCUUUUCACCACGAUGGGUGAACCAGGAUGAGAUGGCUAACCGGCGUAGCUAUCUCGCUGCCAUAUCUCAAGCUAUCUCAGAGGGUCGCUACACACACAUUAUCUUGGAUAAGAUGAACAUCACCGAUGACAUGAGGCUUGACUACGUAUCCAUGGAACUCAACAUAGUUUUAACCAUCGCGUGGACACACCCUUUGGGCAUGGAGGCGCUCGCGAGCGUAUGCUUCGAGCGUGUUAAACGACGGGGUGCCAACCACCGAACAAUGAGUAUCAUUCAAAACCUUGGCCACGUUAGCGGGACUGCCUCGGGGGCUAAUCCCAAGGCUCAGCUUCAAUGUGUUCGUGGUAUCAUUCACUCGUGUGCUGCGCAGUACAAGCUACCUGAAGGGGAUUCGACUCUCCUUGAGGUCGAUGUGACAUUAAGCGGCAAUGCCACUCUUCGUCAAGUGUGGUCGAAGCUUCGUGAACGUGGGCAACACAACCUUCCUGAUUUUUUCAAACUCGACAUGAACAAUGCGCUGAGAAAGGCUAAAGAUUACGAAAACCUAAUCGCACAAUACCCGCAUCGUAUAGCAGUUGCAGUGUUGAAGACUGACGACGAUGCGGCGCUGCACGCGAUCGUUCCCCCUGACAUGGUGGGGGAUGGCAGGUAUAAAGUGAAGCUUGACUCUGUUCAGAUUCUUCUCCACGACUUCAGAGAAAAUCCAAGUCCAACCGCGUUUCUGAGGUACGCUGCGCUUAUCAACCGCUCGGUAGUUGUGAGAGUAACAGCGGUUGUGGCAGAUGAGAGGGUUACUUUUCUGUGCAUUAGCAAAAGUGGUACGGAUAGCGGUGCGGGCCUCCUGUCCUGGGUAACUCCAAGCGGUGUCCUUUUGAAUUCGGCUCAUGAAUCCACUCCGGGAGGGGAUUCAACGCAUUCUUAUUCUGCCGGCGCAGGGAAAUGCAGUAAUGUGAGGAUGGGCGAAACUUUAUUACCUUGCAUAGCGGUGGUUGCAAAGGUUAAAAAAGUAGGCCAUCAAUACUGCGUAGAGCUGGCCCAGAGAGUGUUGAAUUCCAGCGAGCCAGACCCAUACUGCUCUAUCUUUCCCCUACGGGAACAAUGUCAGGCUACUUUUACGUACCAUUUCCUAACGCACAGCGAAUGCCCGUAA